AGGCCCUCGUUCCACCUUGGGAUCGGCCGGCCCCACGGCCAGCCCUUCAGUAUCAUGAUCAAAAUAUGGCUAAUAAGAGCAACAGUGAUGCUGGCCGGUUUAUUUCUAUCGGAAAUCACUUCAGGCUCAGCGUCAGGGAUGUGGGAAACAAUUAUUUGUCACAAACCGAGUGAGGCCGACAUCGCCUUCACCAUAAAUAUGGGUGUCAAUAAAUGUGAUAUCACCCAGACUGGGCCCUGCUCCAAGAUCCUCAUCGAUGAUGGAUCUUUGCAGAGUGUAUGCUCUGGAUUAGAUGACGGUGUGACGUAUACUUGCAAUGUAAGUAGAGCCUACACAGAACCUGUAUGCUGCUCGGUCUAUGCGAAGGUGAACCAGAAUCUGCUCUCUAUGUCUUGUUUUACAAACACUGUAACUACAGUCUCUCCCGGGCCUACCCCCAACAGGACUCCAUCAGUUCUUCACACAGUUCCAACUGUGAUCAAGUUCCAACCGAACGAGUAUGAAGUAACGGAGGGAAGUGAUGCACAAGUGUGUCUGGUUAUCACAAAUGGCACUGUCUUGUCUGAGAUCACUAUUGACGUGUAUCUGGACUCUUUCACUGAUACUUGUCGAGAGGUGCAUUUCCCUGAGGGUGCUACUGUUGGUGACCAUCAAUGUACUACUUUCCCCAACACCUCUCUGCAAGUUGGUCGGUAUACGUUGAGAGCGCAAGUUUUAACUCCACCCGAAGAUUCACCAAUCGUAAAUACGACUGAUUCUGCAACACUCAUCAUUCACAAACGAGAAUUGGAAAAAGGUCUUAUUGCUGCUGCUGUUAUUUCUGGUAUCGUUGUCUUUGUUGUUGUUGUUGUUGUUGUUGUUGUUGUUGUUGGUUGUGGUGCAGCUAGGCACAUUGUGAGGCAGAGGGUACCUAAAGAAGAUGCUGUUAACCUCCCUGAGCACGUGAAGAUCAAUAAUGUACCUGUUCAAGAUGAGAGGAAAGUACCUUCGGGUGAAACUGAGAGUAAACCCUGUCCAGUGCAAGAAAGAGUUAGAGGAGAUCGAGCUCCUGGUUCAGCAACUCACAGGGGAAGCCAAAACAGUGAUCAAUCUGGUGUGCAACCCGAAUUCCCUCCCAGCUUUUCUAAUCAAAUGGGAAACCAACCAGAGGAAAAUGGCAUUUCCAAUGCUAACCCCCACCAUGUAUGUGUGGAGCUACCUAGUACUGUACCGGAUACGCCUGACCAUUCCCAUGGAACUCAGCCCGAAGAUGGUUCUUCCACGAGUGGACGACUUGUAUACACACUGCCGAUGCAAAAUAAGCCUCUUGUUGAGUGUGAUACGGGAGUAGUUGUUUAUGCAGGUGCCUCCCAAGCGUCUUCACUGGGUUCCUCAAAUGAAGCCAUGCAGCUAACUGCUUAGCUACCAAUAUAUUAUUGUACGCUGUAUAUACCCAUAAUAGUAGAGUGAUAGGCACAGAGCUUUUCAUUAUGCUGAGUAUUAAUUCAUGAUGUAGAUCAAUUAAGAGGUUCAACUCAACUUA